AUGGAGGAGAAACAGAAGAGUAACCCAUUCGAUUCAGCUGGUGUUUUCUCUCGUGCGUUUUUCUGUUGGCUUUUUCCAAUAAUAAUCAAAGGAACAAAGCGCCGUUUAGAAGAAGAAGAUUUAUACGAAAUUUCGAAAUAUCAUAGUUCAGAAUAUCUUGGAAAUAUGAUUCAGAAAGAGUGGAACGAAGAACUACAGAAGAGAAAUCCAAACAUACUGAAAGCUGUAUUACGAUUAGUUGGAUGGAAAUUUUUAAUACUAAUUUUACUUACAUUGGUUCAGGAAACGGCCGUAGUUGCAGGAGAAUUAUACUUUUUAGGAUUAACAGUACAUUAUUUUGAAAAUAGGUCGGAAUGGAAUUCAUACAAUAUUUACUUAACCAUUGUCGGAUAUUUUGUCAUGGUUGCGACUUAUUUGUCUUCACAUAAUACUAAUUAUAUUAUGACAGAAAUUAUUGGAAUGAAAUUAAAAAUAGCUUUUUGCGCGAUUAUAUAUAGAAAGGCAAUGAGGUUAAGUCCUUCAUCUCUUGAAAAAUCGAAUGUUGGGCAAAUGGUAAAUCUUAUAGCAAAUGAUGUCAGCAAGUUUCAAAAUAAUAUUCACGGAAUUCCAUAUUUAUUUUCAAAUCCUUUUUUAAUCAUCACUACGAUAGCGAUAUUAUGGCAAUACUACGGAUGGACUAUUUUAGUAGGAUUCUUGGCCAUAUUUCUCUACAUUCCUAUACAAUUUCUUUUGAGUAAACUAUAUUCAAAAUUGAGAUUACAAGCAGCUUUAUUGGGAGAUAAAAGAAUGAACCUCUUGAACGAGAUGAUUGCUGAUAUGAGAUUAAUUAAAAUGUACACCUGGGAAUUGCCAUAUGCCGCAUUAGUUGAGAAAAUCAGAGAGAAAGAAAUGAAAAAAAUUCAAAUGUAUUCAUAUGCAAGAGGAAUAGCGCAUAUAUUGGCAUAUCCUAUAUGUAGAUUAUUUACUUCCCUCACAUAUCUUGCAUUUUUCUUAAAUGGAGGACAACUGAAUGCCCAAAUUAUAUAUAUCACUAUGGGUGCUUCUGUACGUAUUUUCGGUAGCACUCUCAAUUUAUUUUCACGUGCAGCAGAUUGUGCUGCAGAAGUUUUGGUUUCGUUGAAAAGACUUCAGGAUUUCCUUCUUCUUCAAGAAAAAGACGACAAGUCUCUCAAAGCUGUAGGAGAGAGCCAAAUUUUAACCGAAUAUGGAAUAUGGAUGAAUAACGUCACGGCUACAUGGAAAAAAGAAACCCAUCCAACAUUAAAUGAUAUAUCUAUAAACGUACAACCUGGAGAAUUAUUUACUGUUAUAGGCCCUGUCGGAUCAGGAAAGACGUCUUUCUUAUUGUCCAUUUUGGGAGAAAUUCCUGUUACUUCCGGUAAAGUGAUAGCGAAAGGAAAAAUUGCUUACGCUUCUCAAGAAGCUUGGGUAUUCAACGGAUCCAUCAGAGAAAAUAUCUUGUUCGGAGAAGAAUACGAAGAGGAGAAAUAUAAAAAAGUUCUGUGUAUAACUGCUCUAGAAAAGGAUAUAAGUUUAUUUCCUAAAAAAGAUCUAACUGUUGUGGGAGAAAGAGGAGUGAUAAUGAGCGGAGGGCAAAAAGCAAGAAUUAAUCUAGCUAGAGCAUUAUAUCUGGAUGCCGAUAUAUUCCUCCUUGAUGAUCCACUAAGUGCUGUUGAUGUUCCAGUGGCAAAACAUAUCUUCGAAAAAUGUAUAAUGGAAUAUCUGAAUGACAAGAUUUGUAUUUUAGUUACGCAUCAAGUACAAUUUUUAAACUCUGCAAGUAAAAUUUUAGUGUUAAAUAAGGAAAAGUUUGAAAUCGUUGGCAAUUACAAUAGAAUAGAAAAUUUAGAAAUGCUUACAGGAAUUUCGUCUGAUAAUGAAAUCGCUGAAAAUAGGAUGGAAUUAGAAACUGGUCUUCUGAACGAUGAUAAAAUAGUUGAAAGUACUCAAACAUAUAUGUCUGAUGAUAUUGAAAAUAGUAACAACAAUAAUGUGGAAAAUGAAAAUAAAAAAAUACCACCUGACGAUGUAGAAGUUGAAACAAUAGGAAUUUCCGUCUAUAAAGAAUAUUUGAAUGCUGGAUCAAGUUUUCUCUUCAGGAUAUUGUUAUUACUAAUGCUAGUUGUAGCACAAUCCAUUACAAAUGGCAGCGAUUACUGGCUAAUCAAAUGGUUGCGUAACAAACGGAUCUAUAGAGAAAAUGUAAAUAAUGUUCAAAAUUUGACAUUUAAGUCAACAAUAUUUAACAAUAGCGAAAACCAAGGUUUAUAUUAUAGUGAAGAAUAUAAUGUAUAUGUUUACCUUGGACUAACAUGUGCAAUAUUCUUUACGAUGAUACUUUCUGGCUUACUAUUGUAUAAUUUUUUCAUUGCUGCAUCUUUGAAGCUGCACAAGAAUAUGUUUCAAUGUAUUAUUCGAACUCCAAUUUCAUUUUUGGAUAAAAACCCUGUUGGAAAUGUUCUAAAUCGAUUUUCUAAAGAUGUGAAUAACGUAGAUGACAAUUUACCUAACAAUGUUCAUCAAUCGUUAAAAACAUUAUUUCUGUUUGCUGGAACGUGUGUCCUUCAAGCAAUCCUCUGUCCUUAUGUAUUCAUAUUGACAUUUGUCAUUUCAAUCUUAUUUUACGCUAUGUGGAUGAUUCACAGCCGUGUGCUGAAAAGCAUAAAAGUUAUUGAAGGAAAAUCAAGAAGUCCGGUAUUUUCUCAUCUCAGCGUAUCUCUUUAUGGACUAACAACAAUUAGAGCAUUUAACGCUGAAAAUAAAUUUAUUUCCACUUUUAAUGAAUAUCAGGAUAAGCACACUGCAACGUGGAUCAUUUAUGUUUUAUUAAAUCGAUGCCUGGCUAUAUAUGGUAACAUCGUUUGUUACAUAAAUUUACUUAUUACUGUUAUUAUUUUCAGUAUAUCAAUUCAUCCAGAUGAUGCUGGAAGCCAAAUCGGACUUGUUAUGAGUUAUACAAUGUUAUUUGUUUUUCUUUUUCAAACUAGUAUUAGGUUUACUUCUGAAGUGGAUUUUCAGAUGAAUUCUGUAAAACGUAUUCUGAAAUACAGCAAAUUAAAAUCAGAAGCAUCGUACGAAAGUUCGUCCGAUAAACAACCACCCGCGGAUUGGCCACAAAAAGGAGAAAUUUAUUUUGAUAACGUUUCUUUACAAUACUCCAAGGAUAAAAAUAUUGUUUUGAAAAAUUUAACGUUUCGUAUUCAUUCGGGAGAAAAGAUUGGAAUUGUUGGGAGAACGGGAGCUGGAAAAAGUUCUAUAAUUGCUUCGUUAUUUCGCAUGACGGAGCCAACAGGAACAAUAACCAUCGAUGGAAUUGACACAAAAGAUAUUGGUCUUCGGGAUCUACGCAGUAAAAUAUCGAUCAUUCCUCAAGAUCCAAUGUUGUUUACUGGUCCACUUCNCGUUGUCAUUAAAUGCUUGAGCCAUUUUUAUGGCACAUUUUAA